AUGCCUCUUGGAACCUGCGAAAUUCGUUCAGCAAUUUCUGUUAACCAAGAUGAAAAUUUUGAUAUUGUCCCAACAAGUCCUGAGGAAGAGCAUCUCAUCAAACCUUCAGUCUAUAUUACUACACUCUCUGGCUCCCGACCAGGUAGCAGUCUACCUGCUUACGUAUCACCUAUAAAAUCUGGUGGCUAUAGAGUUACAUAUCGGUCUCCCGAGGCCUGUCGACUCUCCGUGAAAGUUUGUCUGAAUGGAUAUCCUUUAGGAGGCCCCUUUGAAGUAGUCGCCACAUCCGAGCCUCAUUUUACUUCCACACCCAGUUCUCAUGACAAUCUUCCGCCACUGCUGCCUGAAUCUGAUGCCGAAACUGUGAAUCUCUUGAUCAGCCCACAAGCUAAAUUAAUAACCUCUACUCCUGUAUCAGGCAUUUCAAAGGUUAACUUGAAGCUUCAUCCGGUUAAUUGCAAUUAUCCAUUGGCUGAAACAUCAACCACCUCUAUUCCGUAUCACUCUCUCCCUAGUGGACAAGGUUUCAACACCAGCCAGCACCUCGGCAACUCGUCCUCGUCACUUCAGGCUUCUCAAAGUAGCAAGGGUUUGACUCAAAUCCCGGUUGGUCAAGUAAGAGGAUCUCCGCCACUGGCAGUGAAUGGCACAAAUAUUGCUCCUGUAGGCAUCAGUCCGAGGGAAGCGUCCAAACGACCAAACAACGAUCCGGGGACUGUGCUAAACAGACUAACCGGGACGGGUUUUUUUGGACAUCCAGGUCUAAAGGCCAUGCGCCGGGGCAGCCAGACUCCACUGGCCAGCUCUACGGAAUCACUAAGUCAGUCAUGUAUUCAGCUUGUACCUCAAUCCGGGAGUCAAAUGUCGGUCUGUCCAGUAGUCCCGGCU